ACACUUCACACACACCGUUCUGUCUUAUUUCUUUUGGAUUCCCUUGGCUUUCAAUUUCACUCCUUAGCUAGGUUGAGGAGCUAGGGUUUAUCGAGGGUUUCGUUCGUUCCUUCCUUUCUCUCUGCAACAAUGGCGAAGCCUGGGCGAGGUCGUCGCUCACCCUCCGGUUCCGCUUCCGGCUCCUCGCGCUCCUCUUCCCCCUCCGAUUCUCGCUCCUCCUCUCGCUCCCGCUCCCUCUCCCGCUCCCGCUCCCCCUCGCGCUCCAGAUCCUUCUCUUCUUCCUCGUCUUCUCCUUCCCGCAGUUCGCGCAGCCGCAGUCCUCCGCCGCAGAGGCGCCGAAGUCCUGUUGAAGGAGCUAGGCGAGGGCGGUCUCCUCCACCACUGUCUAAGAGAACUUCUCCUCCUCCAAGGAAACCUUCUCCUGUACGCGAAUCACUUGUUCUUCAUGUAGAAAAGCUCAGCAGAAAUGUCAAUGAAGGCCAUUUGAAAGAGAUUUUCAGUAACUUUGGUGAGGUUGUAAGUGUGGAGCUGGCAAUGGAUCGAACAGUUAAUCUUCCAAAAGGAUAUGGAUAUGUGCAGUUCAAGACAAGAGGGGAUGCAGAAAAAGCAUUGUUAUACAUGGAUGGUGCCCAAAUAGAUGGCAAUGUCAUCAAGGCAAGAUUUACCCUACCUCCAAGGCAGAAAGUUUCACCACCCCCAAAGACUUCUGCUGUUGCUCCAAAGAGAGACACCCCCAGGACUGAUAAUGCUAAUGCAGAUAUUGACAAGGAUGGGCCAAAGCGUCAAAGAGAAUCUUCUCCUCGUAGAAAACCUCUUCCCUCCCCGCGGAGGAGGUCUCCUAUUCCUCGAAGAGCUGGAUCUCCAAGAAGACCAGAUUCUCCUCGCCGACGUCCAGAUUCUCCUGUCCGUCGCCGAUUAGACUCUCCUUAUCGUCGUGGAGGAGACACACCUCCUAGGAGGCGGCCUGUGUCUCCUGGAAGAGGUCGUUCUCCAUCUCCACCAAGACGCCUUAGGUCCCCUGGAAGGGUUUCUCCCAGAAGGUUGCGUGGAAGCCCAGGUCGGAGACGAUCACCUCCUCCUCCUCCAAGGCGCCGAUCACCACCUAGACGAGCUCGAAGUCCUCCUAGAAGGUCCCCAUUGGGUCGUAGACGGACUCGCUCUCCAAUACGGAGGUCUGCACGCUCACGGUCAAGAUCAUUUUCACCUCGCAGAGGUAGACCACCUGUUAGACGUGGGAGGUCAUCAUCCUAUUCUGAUUCACCAAGUCCGCGCAAGGUAACCCGGAGAUCAAAGAGUCGCAGCCCAAGAAGGCCUUUGAGAGGAGGAAGAGGCAGUAGCAACAGCAGCAGCAGCAGCUCCCCACCACCAGCUCGCAAACCAUAGAUAAUUCUUGUACAUCUGUUGUCUCUUUCUGUUGAUGUAUUUAUCGAGAUUCUGUACCAGCUUGUUAUAGCUGCCAUGUGCUUGGGGAUAUAUGUUGCUUUUCAUUGUUGUCUAUUAACUAAUUUUUUCUUAUUAGCACUAGAAUUGUUUUGGAAACUAACCGUUCUGUUUAUUUCCGUCUGGAUUAUUCCGAAGCUUUGUUAUGUUGAUCUAAAAUGCAAACCAUUGGAGAUGAUAGUUGGCUUUUUUUUUUCUUUUUUUCUUUUGUAUUCGGAACAGUUAUAAUGUCAAGUAAUUCAGUGAAAUUUCUAUGUU